CCUAUUUUAUGCUACAUGGUUUUUGAAAUAUACAUGUUGCUUUCCUUAAUUUUCGUAUAAAAACCUUAACAAGUUUAGAAAUCCAAAACAUCUCAGUUACACCUUCUCUUUGGUUACUUCCCUACUAACUUUCAAGAAUUUUCAUGGUAUACGCAAUAGCCAUGUUGUUCCUUGUUGUGUUAGCGGCAUAUUCAUCAAUCUUUACGGCAUCACAUGAAUUCACUAAUAUUUUAGGAGCCAAUUCCAGUUUAUCGUCUUCAUUUCCAACAAACUUCUUAUUUGGAACUGCAUCCUCUUCUUAUCAGUUCGAAGGAGCUUAUCUUACUCAUGGGAAAGGUCUCAGUAACUGGGAUACUUUCUCACAUAAACCUGGUAAUAUCGCUGAUGGUUCUAAUGGAGAUAUCGCGGUUGAUCAUUACCACAUGUAUCUUGAAGACAUUGAGCUUAUGGAGUACAUCGGAGUUAAUACCUUUCGUUUCUCCAUAUCAUGGGCUAGAAUUUUACCAAAGGGAAUUUUUGGAGAUGUUAACAUGGCUGGAAUAAGGCACUACGACAAUCUCAUCAAUUCCUUGCUAGGAAAAGGAAUCGAACCAUUUGUGUCAUUGACUCAUUACGACAUACCUCAGGAACUUGAAGAUAAAUAUGGUGGUUGGUUAAGUUCCCAAGUCCAGAAAGAUUUUGCAUAUUAUGCAAAUAUAUGUUUCAAAUACUAUGGGGAUCGGGUCAAGCAUUGGGUCACCUUCAAUGAACCAAAUGUGGUUGCCAUUCGUGGUUAUAGAUCAGGGAUUUACCCACCAGCUAGGUGUUCUGGUUCUUUUGGGAAUUGUAGCUCUGGGGAUUCUGAAAGGGAACCAUUUAUAGUAGCUCAUAAUAUGAUCCUAUCCCAUGCUGCAGCAGUCGAUAUUUAUCGGACUAAAUAUCAGGGGAAACAAAACGCCAGCAUUGGGAUUGUUAUGAAUGCUGUAUGGUAUGAACCCAUUAGCAAUUCCUCAGAAGAUCGACUUGCUGCUCAGAGAGCUCAAUCUUUCUACAUGAAUUGGUUCUUGGACCCGAUUAUAUUCGGAAAGUAUCCUCAGGAAAUGAAAGAUAUUCUAGGAUCUUUAUUACCCCACUUCUCAAAAGAUUACUUCAAGAAGCUAAAGAAUGGAUUAGACUUCAUCGGUGUCAACCAUUAUACAAGUUUCUAUGUCAAAGACUGUUUACACUCAACAUGCGAACAAGGACCUGGAAUUUCCAAGACAGAGGGUUAUUAUCUCAGAACUGCUCUUAAGAACAACGCUCUAAUAGGAGAAUCUACUGCAUUGGAUUGGCUUUAUAUUUAUCCCGAAGGAAUGGAGAAGAUGGUGAUUUAUCUCAAGAACAGAUACAAUAAUAUACCAAUUUUUAUCACGGAGAAUGGAUUGGGCGUGAUGAACCAGCCUGAUUCAAACGUAGAUAGUUGCCUCAACGAUGACAAACGAAUAGAAUACAUGAAGAGCUACUUGGAUGCCUUACUUUCUGCAAUAAGGAAAGGAGCUGAUGUUAGAGGUUACUUUGCUUGGUCGUUGUUGGACAACUUUGAGUGGUUAUCUGGAUACACAAUAAGAUUUGGGCUUUACCAUGUUGACUAUCUUACUCUUAAGAGGACACCAAAAACAUCAGCAAAAUGGUACAAACAGUUUAUUUCAAACUUUACAAGGUUUGAAGAUGCAACAUCGUAUCACAUGUUGAUGAAGCAAUGA